UCGCCAUCUUUUCUCAUAUUAACACGGGAGGUUGUGAGCGGUGGGAGUACCAUUCAGUGAAAAAACUUGAUUUAUUUAUUGAUUGAUAUCCUCCGUAAUGGCAUUGUUCACUAAAUUAAUCAAGAGUUUUAGUCAAAAUCUCGUGUUGUCACAUCCACACAGGACUUUCACUGUCAGUCAUGUUUCGAGGCUCAAAGAGAUCAUCGAAAGGAAGGAGGGAAAUACAUUAAUCAUCGAGGGUAGAAUCCACGAAGAUCCGAAAGAGAAGAAUCUGUUGGAACGUGCUAGUAAUGGAGCCUGCUUGCUCUGUUCAACAGGGCUGAACGUGAAACACACAGAUGUUUUGAUCCUGAGCCAAUUCCUUCGGUCAGACGGCCGUUUAAUGCCGAGGAGGGUGACAGGCCUGUGCAGAACUCAGCAGAAACGUCUGAAUAAACUCGUGGCGAUGUCGCACAAAGCCGGUCUUAUGCCUAACUUGCAUCCCCCAAAUAGUGCUAAAGACCCUACAAAAAGAUUGGGACCCAAAGCAUUUAAUGUCUACUACGAUGAGACCACCAUAGAAGCAAAAUUCUACGAUGUUGCUUGGAGAUAAACUAUUUGUCCUCAGAACAAUAAAAUUAAUGUAAAUAAA